GUAAGUAACUGAAGGGGACAUGAAGAAUUGACAAUUAAAUGGCCAGCAUGUUGCAAAAGUCUGACAGCAAUGCAAGCUUUCUCCGAGCUGCCAGAGCUGGCAAUCUGGACAAAGUAGUGGAAUACCUGAAAAGUGGAAUAGACAUUAACACAUGUAAUCAGAAUGGACUCAAUGCUCUGCACCUGGCAGCUAAAGAAGGCCAUGUGGGACUGGUACAAGAAUUAUUGGAAAGAGGGUCGGCUGUGGAUUCUGCCACUAAGAAAGGGAAUACAGCCCUGCACAUUGCAUCCUUAGCAGGACAAGCUGAAGUUGUCAAAGUUCUGGUUAAGGAAGGAGCCAAUAUUAAUGCACAAUCUCAGAAUGGCUUUACUCCUUUAUAUAUGGCAGCUCAAGAGAACCACAUUGAAGUGGUGAAGUAUCUCCUGGAGAAUGGAGCCAACCAAAGCACAGCUACUGAGGAUGGUUUCACUCCUCUAGCUGUUGCAUUGCAACAAGGACACAACCAGGCAGUGGCCAUCCUCCUGGAAAAUGACACGAAGGGGAAAGUGAGAUUACCAGCUCUGCAUAUUGCUGCUAGAAAAGAUGACACCAAAUCAGCGGCGCUUUUACUGCAGAACGACCAUAAUGCUGAUGUGCAGUCCAAGAUGAUGGUGAAUAGGACGACUGAGAGUGGCUUUACACCUUUGCACAUAGCUGCGCACUAUGGAAAUGUCAAUGUGGCAACGCUUCUGCUAAACAGAGGAGCUGCAGUCGAUUUCACAGCAAGGAAUGGAAUCACCCCACUGCAUGUGGCUUCCAAAAGGGGAAACACAAACAUGGUGAAGCUCUUGUUGGAUCGCGGAGGGCAGAUCGAUGCCAAAACCAGGGAUGGACUCACCCCACUCCACUGUGCUGCAAGAAGUGGACAUGACCAAGUUGUGGAGCUGCUGCUGGAACGAGGUGCCCCGCUGCUUGCACGGACCAAGAAUGGACUCUCUCCGCUUCACAUGGCGGCCCAGGGGGACCACGUGGAAUGUGUCAAACACCUACUGCAACACAAAGCUCCCGUGGAUGAUGUCACGCUGGAUUACCUGACUGCCCUCCAUGUGGCCGCACACUGUGGCCACUAUCGUGUCACCAAACUCCUUCUGGACAAGAGAGCAAAUCCUAAUGCUCGUGCCCUGAAUGGUUUUACUCCACUGCACAUUGCCUGCAAGAAAAAUCGCAUCAAAGUCAUGGAACUCCUGGUGAAAUAUGGGGCUUCAAUCCAGGCUAUAACAGAGUCGGGCCUCACACCAAUACACGUGGCUGCAUUUAUGGGCCACUUGAACAUAGUCCUCCUUCUGCUGCAGAACGGAGCCUCUCCCGAUGUCACUAACAUUCGUGGAGAAACUGCAUUGCACAUGGCGGCGCGUGCUGGGCAGGUCGAAGUAGUUCGCUGCCUCCUGAGAAAUGGGGCCCUGGUUGAUGCCCGAGCCAGGGAAGAACAGACUCCACUGCACAUUGCUUCUCGCUUGGGUAAAACGGAGAUCGUCCAACUUCUGCUACAGCACAUGGCCCACCCUGAUGCCGCGACAACUAAUGGGUACACUCCACUGCACAUCUCUGCCAGAGAGGGACAAGUUGAUGUCGCAUCAGUUCUCCUGGAGGCAGGUGCCUCGCACUCCAUGUCCACCAAAAAGGGAUUCACACCUUUGCAUGUGGCGGCCAAAUAUGGGAGCCUGGAAGUGGCAAAACUCCUGCUGCAGCGUCGUGCCUCUCCCGAUUCAGCUGGCAAGAACGGCCUCACCCCCCUCCACGUGGCCGCCCAUUACGACAACCAGAAGGUGGCGCUGCUGCUGCUGGAGAAGGGCGCCUCGCCACACGCGACCGCCAAGAAUGGAUACACCCCUCUGCAUAUUGCUGCCAAGAAAAAUCAGAUGCAGAUAGCUACCACUCUGUUGAACUAUGGGGCUGAGACUAACAUUUUGACCAAGCAGGGAGUCACCCCACUUCAUCUGGCCUCUCAAGAAGGUCACACUGACAUGGUGACCUUGCUUUUGGAGAAAGGAUCCAAUAUCCAUGUGGCAACAAAGACUGGACUGACAUCCUUACACCUUGCAGCUCAAGAAGAUAAAGUGAAUGUAGCUGAAAUACUCACAAAACAUGGUGCAAACCAAGAUGCUCAGACAAAGCUUGGUUAUACACCUUUAAUUGUGGCGUGUCACUAUGGAAACAUCAAAAUGGUGAAUUUUCUUCUCAAGCAGGGAGCAAACGUCAAUGCUAAAACAAAGAAUGGGUACACCCCUCUUCACCAAGCUGCUCAACAAGGCCACACUCACAUCAUUAACGUUCUUCUCCAGCAUGGGGCCAAGCCCAACGCCAUCACCACUAAUGGUAACACUGCCUUAGCUAUUGCAAGGCGUCUGGGAUAUAUCUCAGUGGUCGAUACGCUGAAGGUUGUAACGGAGGAGAUUACUACCACCACAACUACUGUAACAGAGAAGCACAAGCUAAAUGUACCUGAGACAAUGACUGAGGUCCUCGAUGUUUCAGAUGAAGAAGGUGAUGACACAAUGACAGGAGAUGGAGGAGAGUACCUUAGGCCAGAAGACCUCAGAGAACUAGGAGAUGACUCUUUACCAAGCAGCCAGUUCUUAGAUGGUAUGAACUACCUAAGGUACAGCUUGGAAGGAGGACGAUCUGACAGCCUGCGAUCCUUCAGUUCAGACAGGUCCCACACAUUGAGCCAUGCCUCCUACCUGAGGGACAGUGCCAUGAUUGACGAUACGGUUGUAAUCCCCAGCCAGCAGGUAACAACUCUGGCCAAAGAAGCUGAAAGGAAUUCAUACCGCUUAAGCUGGGGCCCUGAAAACUUGGACAAUGUGGCUCUUUCUUCCAGCCCUAUUCAUUCAGGAUGCUCUUCUCCAUGUCUUGAUCAUGACAACAGCAGCUUCCUAGUUAGUUUCAUGGUGGAUGCUCGUGGGGGUGCCAUGAGAGGUUGCAGACAUAACGGACUACGAAUCAUUAUUCCUCCGCGGAAAUGCACUGCUCCAACACGAGUGACUUGCCGGUUGGUGAAACGCCACAGACUGGCCACCAUGCCUCCUAUGGUGGAAGGCGAAGGUCUGGCCAGCCGCCUAAUUGAAGUUGGACCUUCUGGUGCUCAGUUUCUUGGUAAACUUCAUCUGCCUACGGCUCCUCCCCCACUUAAUGAGGGAGAAAGUUUGGUCAGCCGAAUCCUUCAGCUGGGGCCUCCUGGGACCAAAUUCCUUGGGCCUGUGAUUGUGGAGAUUCCCCAUUUUGCUGCUCUGCGUGGGAAAGAGAGAGAGCUGGUGAUCCUGCGCAGUGAGAAUGGGGACAGCUGGAAGGAGCAUUUCUGUGAAUACACUGAGGAUGAACUGAAUGAAAUCUUGAAUGGGAUGGAUGAAGUACUUGACACUCCAGAGGAGCUUGAGAAGAAACGUAUCUGCCGCAUCAUCACCCGAGAUUUCCCUCAGUACUUUGCAGUGGUAUCCCGGAUCAAACAGGACAGCAACCUUAUCGGACCUGAGGGAGGUGUGCUGAGCAGCACUGUUGUACCACAAGUGCAGGCAGUCUUCCCGGAAGGGGCUCUAACCAAACGAAUUCGCGUUGGCCUUCAGGCUCAACCUAUGCAUACUGAGCUUACAAAGAAGAUUUUAGGCAACAAGGCUACCUUCAGUCCUAUAGUCACACUGGAGCCCAGGAGGAGGAAGUUCCAUAAACCCAUCACGAUGACGAUUCCUGUCCCCAAGGCCUCCAGUGAUGGGAUCAUGAAUGGUUAUGGAGGUGACACACCCACUUUAAGGUUACUAUGCAGCAUAACAGGAGGAACCACCCCUGCCCAAUGGGAGGACAUCACUGGAACAACACCACUGACAUUUGUUAAUGAAUGUGUUUCCUUCACAACAAAUGUCUCUGCCAGAUUUUGGUUGAUAGACUGUCGACAGACACAAGAAUCUGUUACUUUUGCUUCCCAAGUGUACAGAGAGAUUAUCUGUGUACCCUACAUGGCCAAAUUUGUGGUGUUUGCCAAGUCACAUGAUCCCAUUGAAGCACGGUUAAGAUGUUUUUGCAUGACAGAUGACAAGGUGGAUAAAACUUUAGAACAACAAGAAAAUUUCGCUGAAGUUGCCAGAAGCAGGGAUGUAGAGGUAUUAGAAGGAAAACCCAUCUAUGUUGACUGCUUUGGCAACUUGGUGCCACUGACUAAGAGUGGGCAACAUCAUAUAUUCAGUUUUUUUGCCUUCAAAGAAAACAGACUUCCUCUGUUUGUUAAGGUGCGAGAUACCACUCAAGAACCCUGUGGACGAUUAUCAUUCAUGAAGGAGCCAAAAUCUACAAGAGGCCUCGUUCAUCAAGCCAUAUGUAAUUUAAACAUCACUUUACCCGUUUACACAAAGGAGUCAGAAUCAGAUCAAGAACAAGAAGAAGAGGUUGAUGUGACUUCAGAAAAAAAUCAACAGGAUGAUCAGGAGAGGACAGAGGAAAGACUGGCCCACAUUGCUGAUCAUCUUGGAUUCAGCUGGACAGAGCUAGCAAGAGAACUGGAUUUCACAGAGGAGCAAAUUCACCAGAUCCGAAUUGAAAACCCUAAUUCACUUCAAGACCAGAGCCAUGCACUCCUCAAAUACUGGCUUGAAAGGGAUGGGAAACAUGCAACAGAUACAAAUCUUACCCAAUGUCUUACAAAAAUCAACCGAAUGGACAUUGUUCACCUAAUGGAGACCAGCGGCAUAGACUCCAUGCAGGUCCACGGCACUCGCACGUAUGCAGAAAUUGAACAAACAAUAGGAUUGGACCAUAGCGAAGGGUUUUCUGCACUGCAAGAAGAACUGUACAGUUCAAGACAUAAGCAAGAAGAACACAGAAUAUCUAAAGACAGUGAGCCAACUGAACACCCUCCAAUUGUCUCCGAGGAGGACGUGUCUGUCAGUUAUUCUCCUUUUCAGGAUAGUACUCCCAGGAGUGAGGCAGAAGUAUCAAUGGCUGAGCUCCUGAGACAAGCACAUAAGGAACAAGUAGAAGCUGAAUUCUCAGGGAAACCCCAAGAUGUGCCAGAAAAACCGUCUGCUUCACAACGUGAAUAUUCUGUCACAACUCCAGGAACAGAACAGUCUACAGCACCAGUAACCGGAAAAGCAGCAAGUGAAAAAUCUGCACACUUCAGUGCGGCAAAGGAAGAGAGACAAAAAACAUCCCCACAACCCCCAUCGUCUGCUCAGAGAGGUGACUCUCCCAUCAUCCAAGAGCCCGAGGACCCCCAACUCCACCAGGAUGACCUCUCUCCAAGGAGAACUAGUCUAGUGAUAGUGGAGUCAACUGAUGAGCAGACAGGAAAGUUUGGAAGAGGCUAUGAAGAGGAAUCUUUAGAAAAGGCUGAUAGUAUGCCUGAAAUGCCACCAGAAACAGUCACAGAAGAGCAAUAUACAGAUGAACAUGGCCACACAGUGGUAAAGAAGGUCACUAGAAAGAUCAUCCGGCGAUACGUUUCUCCAGAUGGCACAGAAAAAGAGGAAGUCCUAAUGCAAGGAACACCGCAAAAACCUGUCACUGUUGAAGGAGGAGAUGGCUAUUCCAAAGUUGUAAAACGGGUUGUGCUGAAGAGCGACAGUGAGCAGUCAGAGGUGACCCUGUCUGAACCUGCUGUUUUGCCUAGUGCCUCUGAAUUCCAGUCUCAACCAGUGGAAGGCCGGAAGGUCAGCAAAGUCAUAAAGACCACUGUAGUGCAAGGAGAGAGAACAGAGAAACACCUGGGGGAUGCUAGCUUAGCUAGUGAUCUUCCGUCAGCCAAAGAGGACUUUGAAGAGGACAAUACUCAGUAAAGCCAGCACGCAGAAGAGGACUGUGAUGAAGGAUCGGUAUGGAAAACAUGUGCACAUAGAAGAGCUGGAAGACACACCAGAAGCACUACCACAGGAUGACCUCCAACAUGACCUCCAGCAGCUUCUCAGACACUUCUGCAACGAGGACUGGAAACAGGAGGCGAAGUGAGAAGCUGCCGCCCCUCAACACCACCAUAUAACCAUCCAUCCCGUACACAGCAUCCAUCCUCUCUAGGUACAGACAUUAUUACCUACAUAAUCACUGGAAGACACUGCCAUUUCUACUUGUGCAGAUGCAGUGAAUUCAUUUCUUCCCCCUCCCUGUAUUUUAUUUUGGGUUUUUGUUAUUUUUUACCCUGUAAGCUAAUUUGUGACCAAAGAUAGCAUCCUUCAUUCAGGAUGAUUUAUCCACCGAAUCGUCGUCUUUGUGCCGUACUGGGAAUUUGUCAGCAUCGCCACUUCUUGCUGUUCCUUUGCUUCUGCACUAGCUUCAAGAAAUUGCAUUUGUCAAGCCAACUUCAUCUACAGGCCUCUUCAAGUGACUAUGUACAUGCAUCAUAAAAAAGGGAGUUAACGUGUAAACUGUAUAUAGCAAGAGUAUUUGGACUUACAAGACUGCAGAAAACACACUGCCUAUGACUACAAAUAGCAUCGUGGAUUACAAGGUCUGUUGACACUGCUGAACAGCGAUUAAUAAAAUAACGUUAACACAAUCGACUGCAAACACAGACUGACUGAGGAGGAAGCACUGCAGAUCUACUGCAUCUGUAAGACUUCCAGUUUAGGGAUCUAUUAUAGUUAAAGGCUCUAAGAGUCAGGCUAAAAACCUGGAAAUUCAGCUGUUCUCAUGACGUAACAGCUGACUGUGGCCAUUAAUACUUCUAAGACCUUUGGACAGCCACUUAAAGAUUUCCAGAAAAAGAAAAGAAAAAAAAGAAAAAAAAAAAAAGAAUACCCAAUUAGGUAACCAACUUGCUAGCAGCUAUAUCUAUGGCACAUUUGCAUACGGUAUUAAAAUCUUUUAGAUCUGGACAUGUGGCAGGGUGUAUUAAACAAUUAUAACUACAGUAGUUUCCUGUUUUCAUCACUGCUUAGCAAACCCCACUGUCUUAUUGGUGGUACUUCCUGCUGGCCACUGCACUGUAGAUAACUAUGGGAGACAGACUUACCUACUAUACAAGGAGAAUAAUUAAUUCACCGUGUUUUAUCGAGAUUGCCUCUUAUCCGAUACAUGCAUGUGGCAUUUGAAGGUCAAAACCAAACCCUCCUAUAAUCAUGUCAGCUUGUUAGCCCUCUUAGCACUGAGCGAGCAGUUUUUAUCUUCCAAUCAAGUGUUUUUUAAAGAGAAAGUGCUCACAAUCCUUGAAAGCCAGUUUCUGUUCAUAUUUUGUUAUCUAUCUAUAUAUAUAAUAUAUAUAUAUUUCUAAACCAACCCUCUGAAUACCACGAUAGCAUGUCUGCACUUUUAUUUUCAAAAAAGGGAACAUAGAGAUCUGACAUUUUGGGUGUUCUAUACCUUAAUAUUUAAUGGAGGGAGCUCUGUAGUGUUUUAGCAUAUAUAAUAUACACACACUAACUAAAUGUUUUUAAACAGCUAUUUGAUUUUUUAAUAGUAUACUCAAAACCAGAGUAAAACAAAUCCUCUCCUCUAGGAGUAGUACUUUUUCCAAACUUAUCUGGCCUUCUACAAUUAUAGGGUUGUUUGUUUUUUUUUUUAAUGACUCACUCAGUGCUCAGAACAAGGGCACUUCCUCAUUAAGGUAACCAUGCCAAAAGCAUGAAAACAUCUUGGGAAUUCUGGCUUCCUGCAGGCAAAACAACCCCAGGUGUCAUGCUAACACUUUUUUUGGCAGGCAGGAAAAAGAAAGAAAGAGGAAAAAAAAAAAAAAAAAAAAAAAAAAAAGUGUUUUGGCAGCCAAACUGAAUGAGACCCAUGAUGAAACAUUUCACAACGCAUCAUGGCUUUCUUAUUGUCAGAGACAGCACAGGAUGAUCUUCAAGGACGGGGCUCUAAAGAAAUGCAUUUCUGUUGUGUUAUUUGCGGUGCAGAUGAUGUUCUGUGUAACAACAUAAUGGUUAUUCACCUCUUAUUUUGAUUUUUUGCUGUGUUAUCAAAGAACUUGAAUACUGUGAGAAGAAGUGAAUUUUAAGUUGACGAAUCAGCAUCUUGUUCCCAUGGUGAUAACACUAAUUGAAUAUAUCUAUGAGGGCAUGUAUUAGUUAAAAAUUAAAAAAAAUACAACACUAACAAUACAUAGCUGCAAUGUGUACAAUGGCUGAUUUAACUAAAUAAAAAUGUACAAGUGUUAAAUGUA